CUCAAGAUCCCGCGCGAGGCCGGCCGCCCGGGCAAGGGUAACUACUGGGCGCUCGACCCCAACGCCGAGGACAUGUUCGAGAGUGGCAGCUUCCUGCGCCGCCGCAAGCGCUUCAAGCGCUCGGACCUCUCCACUUACCCGGCCUACAUGCACGACGCGGCGGCCGCCGCGGCUGCCGCCGCCGCCGCCGCCGCCGCCGCCAUCUUCCCGGGCGCAGUGCCCGCGGCGCGCCCGCCCUACCCGGGCGCCGUCUAUGCGGGCUACGCGCCGCCGUCGCUUGCCGCGCCGCCCCCGGUCUACUACCCCGCGGCGUCGCCGGGUCCUUGCCGCGUGUUCGGCCUGGUUCCCGAGCGACCACUGAGCCCGGAGCUGGGCCCCGCGCCGUCGGGGCCCGGCGGCUCCUGCGCCUUUGCCUCGGCCGGCGCCCCUGCCACUACCACCGGCUACCAGCCCGCGGGUUGCACGGGGGCGCGGCCGGCCAACCCCUCGGCCUAUGCGGCGGCCUACGCGGGCACCGACGGCGCGUACCCGCAGGGAGCCGGCAGCAGCGGCGGCGUGGAGACCGCGGUGGACUUCUACGGGCGCACGUCGCCCGGCCAGUUUGGAGCGCUGGGGCCUUGCUACAAUCCUGGCGGGCAGCUCGGAGUGGGCAGCGGAGGCACCUACCAUGCUCGCCAUGCCGCCGCCUAUCCUGGUGGGAUGGAUCGGUUCGUGUCCGCCAUGUGA